AUGCGGUUUGACAACCUAGCAUUAGGGGAAGAUGACUUGGUCAUAGACGAGAAUGAAGACGAUAUACUGCGUCUCUUCCAUAGAGAAGAGGAGGAACUCAAAAUUGACUGGCCUGCUCUGUUGGGAGGCCAGGACGCUGAGAGGGACAGGUUCGAGGGAAAGUGGCUUCUGUCCCGUACCACCCCGGGAAAACAACGUAUCCCAGCCAUACCAGCCUGCUUGUUGUGGGCCAAAUGCAACUGGGACAAGCCCAUAUCUGGCAAAGCCCUAGCCAGGGACACCACUGCCAUGUUAUUGCACGAUAUGGAGGAUCUGGGGUUCUUCCAGCCUCCAGUCGUAGAAUGCUCUCUGGACAGCCACCUCAACCCAGAACGCCGUUUCUCUGCUCUCUCUGUCCUGACUCUCCCUGAGAAGUUGGAUCGGUUUUCUGCCUCCAUCGACCACAAGGUGGCAUAUCAGGUUGAGCUACUGGAAGAGAUGGGCAACCUCCUUGACAAGAGCGAGCCAAACUCACUACUCUGGGAAGAGAUCUGUGUAGUCUCAAACCUCCUCUGCGCCUCUAGGGGAGCUAUCCAAGGCUGUGGGUGCGUCAUGAGUGGUGGGGUGAGAGAACAACAGGACCUAUUGUACAAGGGGAAAGCCGGAGGGCCUGAGGGCUCACUUCACCAGAGUUGCAGGCAGGCCAUGCUUGCAGCAGAGAUCUGCACACUGAUGGCCAUUCUGGUGGCAGGCACUGCAGGACAAAGCCUUGACAGGAGGGAGGCAGGGUCCUCCUGCUAUGGGGGGUUUGACCUUUACUUCGUUUUGGACAAGUCAGGGAGUGUACAGCACCACUGGAAUGAGAUAUAUUACUUUGUUGAUCAUCUGGCUCAUAAAUUCAUAAGUCCUCAGCUGCGGAUGUCCUUCAUUGUGUUUUCUACAGAGGGACGGAUCCUGAUGAAACUAACAGAAGACAGGGAGCAGAUUCGGGCAGGCCUGGAGGAGCUCCGUAUGGUGCACCCUGGGGGAGACACUUUCAUGCACAAAGGGUUCCAAAGGGCCAGUGAACAAAUCUACUAUGCUGGAGACAGUUUCCGUACAGCCAGCGUCAUCAUUGCCUUGACAGAUGGCGAACUGAGGGAGAAUCAGUUCGAUCUGGCAGAGAGAGAAGCCGGCCGAUCGCGUCAACUGGGUGCCUCUGUCUACUGCGUGGGAGUAAAAGACUUCAAUGAAACCCAGCUUUGGACAAUAGCCGACAGUAAGGACCAUGUCUUCCCUGUAAAUGAUGGCUUUGAGGCACUGCAAGGAGCCAUUGAUUCAAUCCUGAAGAGAUCAUGCAUUGAGAUAUUGGCAGCAGAGCCCUCUAGUAUCUGUGCAGGAGAGUCCUUCCAGGUGGUAGUGAAAGGAAAUGGUUUCUCACAUGCCCGUGAGGUGGGGAAGGUCCUUUGUAGCUUCCGCAUCAAUGACACUCUCACUUUGAUGAAAAGGCCAUUGGUAGUGAGAGACACCUACCUUCUGUGCCCAGCUCCCGUAUUGGAAGAAGAAGGGACGGAAGCUACCCUCCACGUCAGUAUGAACAAUGGCCUGAGUUUCAUAUCUAGCUCCGUCACCAUCACCACAGUCAGCUGUUCUGAUGGGACGUUCUUGGCCAUAGCUCUGCUCAUCCUGCUGCUCCUGCUGACGCUGGCUCUGCUCUGGUGGUUCUGGCCUCUCUGCUGCACAGUGAUCAUCCAUGAGCCUCCACCUCCAGUAAUGGAGGACAGCUCAGAUGAGGAUGAGGACGGGUGUCCCAAGAAGAGGUGGCCCACUGUGGAUGCCUCAUACUACGGUGGCCGAGGUGUGGGUGGCAUCAAGAGAAUGGAGGUCCGCUGGGGUGACAAGGGCUCCACUGAGGAGGGAGCCAAACUGGAGAAAGCCAAGAAUGCCCGUGUCAGGAUGCCAGAGCAGGAGUUUGACAUGCCACCAACACACACUUUCAACAAUGGCAUUCACAAACCUAUCAGUCCCCAGAAAUGGUACUCUCCUAUAAAGGGCAAGCUGGAUGCUCUGUGGGUGUUUCUGAGGAAAGGCUAUGAUAGGGUGUCUCUGAUGAGACCCUAUCCUGGAGACAAGGGUAGGUGCAUUAGCUUCACCCGGGUGAAAUCCUACCCUGCACCUCGUUAUCCAAUCUACCACCAGCCCUCCACGCCAAUCUACAGUCUGCCUCACACCUACAGUCACGCUUCCUCACUUGACACCCUCUCCCACAUGCCCCCCUCUCCCACCUCCACUCUUCCACCCCUGCCAUCCACUCCCCCUCCGUCCUGCAUCACCCCCCCUCCAAACCAAGCUCUGCCCCCAACUUCUGUAAGUCCUCCCCUACCUGUUGCUCCACCCAACCCUCCACCUGUUUUUUCUCCGACCCCUCAGGCCCCACCCUCAUGCAGAGCCCCUCCCCCUUCCCGCCCUCCCCCACACCCAUCUGACCAAUUUCUCUGA